CGAAAAGUGCUUGGAGGAACUCUGAAAAUCGCCAAUGUUGUCUAAACGCUUCACCAUUUUGAGCCGAUUGAGCUCAACGCUUCCAUCUAGUCAUCGAUUCCCUGAAGCUUUAACCAGUAAUGCACUCGCACUCAGAUCGUACUCCACUUUUGCGUCUUUAAUGUCAUUGGGACAGUCUACUGUAGGUGUUGUUACUCAGCUUGACAAAUUGGUCGAAGAGGGCAACAAGGUUAAAGCGGCAGAGCUCAAACGCAUCAUUCGUACUCUACGUAAUCGCGGGAAAGACUCAAACGCUCUCGAGGUUUCUGAAUGGAUGUAUAAGAAUGGGUUUUCCAGGUUUUCACCAAGUGACCAUGCUGUGCAAUUAGAUCUGAUUGGCAAGGUUCGUGGACCUGAUGCUGCUGAAAGUUAUUUCAAUAAGAUGAGUGACAAUCACAAAAAUGAGAAGACAUAUGGUGCUCUUCUGAAUUGUUAUGUAAGGAAAUGCCUUACGGAUAAAUCCUUAUCCCAUAUUAAGACGAUGAAGGAGUUGGGUUAUGCAUCAACUGUUCUCACUUACAAUGAUCUCAUGUGUCUCUAUGCAAAUCUUGGACAGUAUGAGAAGGUCCCUGAUGUACUGGCUGAGAUGAAGGAGAAUGGUGUUUCGCCUGACAACUUCAGCUAUAGAACCUGUAUGAUCUCAUAUGGAAUGAGAUCUGAUGUCAAUGAAAUGGAGAAGCUUCUAGAAGAAAUGGAGAGCCAAAACCAUAUUGAAAUGGACUGGAAGACAUAUUCUGUGGUUGCCAAAUACUACUUAAAAGCAGGUCUUACUGACAAGGCAAUAGCUGCCUUGAAGAAAUUGGAAGAGAAGCUAGAUAAGAAGCAUGAUCAUGGCUACAACUACCUGAUCUCACUUUAUUCGAGUGUUGGAAAUAAAACUGAAGUUCUGAAAUUUUGGGAGCUUAAAAAGGCUGCUUGUAAGAGGUGUCUUAACAAGGAUUAUAUGGCCAUGCUAGAUGCACUGGCAAAGCUUGGGGAGAUGGAAGAAGCCAAAUCUUUGCUGAAGGAGUGGGAGUCAUGUGGCAAUGGUUAUGAUUUCCGAGUGCCAAACACUCUCCUAAUUGCGUACUGUGAGAAAGGAUUGGUUGAAGAGGCUGAGGCAUUGCUUGAAGACAUAGUUAAGAGUGAGAAAACUCCAAAACCAAACAGUUGGGCAAUAUUGGCAGCAGGAUACAUUGCUAAGGAGGAGAUGUUGAAGGCCACGGAGUGCAUGAAGAAGGCUCUGUCAGCAUAUGUGGGGAAUGAAGGAUGGAGACCAAAGCCUAAGCUGAUAACAAGUAUAUUGGGUUGGCUAGGUGAUGAAGGCAAGGUAGAAGAUGUCGAAACUUUUGUUGGUUUGUUAAAGGCUAUAGUCCCCAUUGACAGAGAGAUGUACCAUGCCUUGCUCAAGGCAUAUCUCAGAGAAGGAAAAGAAGUGGAUGGGCUUCUGAAGAGCAUGGAGGCUGAUGGGAUUGAUGAAGAUGAAGAAACAAAGAAUAUCCUGAGCUCAAGGCAAAGUUAAAUGAUCCUCUCUUUUUCCUUUUUUGAUAGAAACUUUGUACGAUUUAAUUGUUUGUUUGCAUUUCAUGGAUUGAAGCUCUGAAGGGUGAGUACAUAGUCCCUUUAAGGCAUUAUCUAUUUCU